AUGAACCAGGCUUUGAUGGCCAAGUGGGGUUGGGCCCUGCUUACUGAGGAACAGUCAUUGUGCUGUAAUGUUCUCAGAUCUAAGUACCUUAAGGGUAAACAGUUUUUUGACUGUGAGGUUAAGAGCUCCGAUUCUUGGUUUUGGAGAAAUGUGGUGCGAUCAAAAGAAAUUUUAAGAAAAGGGGCGUGCAAGCUAAUAUCCGAUGGGAGAGAGACAAGUAUUUGGGAUGACCCUUGGGUUAUCCAUGGUACGGAUUUUUACCCUAAGUCCAAUUAUCGUCAACAGCGGGGCUUGGAAAAAGUGUCGGAUUUACUUUUACCAGACGGAAAUUGGGACACACUAAAGCUUCGCAACCUUUUUGACCAGGAAACUGUGAGUAACAUCUUAAGAGGCGGUAAUCCGAGUGGCCAGGGAAGGGAUAGAUGGGUCUGGACAAAAGAAUCAAAUGGUCUGUUUUCAACCAAGUCUGCCUAUCUUAUUCAAGCCCUUGCUCGGGCUCCUUUGUGCAACAUUGCUCCGGCACUAUGGAACAAACUUUGGAACUCAAAGAUUUUGGAGCGACAUAAGGUUCAUUGGUGGAGUAUCCUUUCCAAUGCUCUUCCCUUAAGAGCCCCUCUUGCUAAGAGAAUGGGAUUUGAGGAGGUCUCCUGCCCUAUUUGUGGGGAGGCUGAGGAGACCACAGAGCACUUGUUCCUGUAUUGCGACUUUGCCUUUCACUUGUGGCGAUCCUCUCCUUGGGGGGUUAUGCCUGUUCCGGAUUCGGGAGCCCGGAUGUGGGACUGGGUUACCUUUCUAUGGAACCUUAAAUCCAGAGGAGUUGAUACUGAUAAGUUGUUCCUCUAUGCCUCGAUUGUGGUAGAUACGAUUUGGAGGGCACGCAACGACAAGGUGCAUAAUAAAUCAAUGGGUAACAUUAAGCACUAUAUUGACUCCAUUUCUUCUUGUUACACAGAUUAUGGUUCCUGCCUUCUCCCCCUCCACAAGCCUAUCGAGACCUGUGCUUGGUCUUCGCCGCCAGAAGAUUGGGUUAAAAUCAACUGCGAUGUCAAAGUCGGAGGUGAAACUAUGUGUGCUGUUGCGAUUGCGAGAGACCAUAACGGAUCAGUUUUGUGGGUGGCAGCAAAAAGGCUACACUUCUCUGACCCACUCGCUGGAGAAGCCGCGGCCUGUCUUUUAGCCAUGGAGACGGCGGUUUCUUUGCAUCAUCCUUUUGUUUUGGUGGAGAGUGAUUCAGCGAUUGUAAUUAAGAACCUAAAAGGGGAUAACCCUACUUGGGGGAUUGAGAACUAUGUGCGUCCCUGCAAACUCCUCUCUACUUUUAUGACUAAUUGUAAUUUUUCUUCUAUAGCUAGAAACUGUAACUUUGCGGCCCAUAAUGUGGCUAAAUGGGCGUUUGCCAACAAUGUCACGGGCAUGGUAGACAUAUCUACUAUACCUGUUAAUAUCUUUUGUAAUGACCAUGAGGUCUAA